AUGGGGGUUGUUAAGGGGAGGAGCAUUACUGAGAAAAUUCUUCUUGCUCAAGAAUUUUGCAAAGAUCUGGAUGUUAAGGGGGCUAGAAAGAGGGAGGCCUCCCUAUAUCUUAGGGAGAUUGUUAAAGACAAUGAUUGUUUCUUUGUUGGUCUUACUGAAACAAAGAUUACCUGCUUAGAAAGGCAAGAUAUUGAUUCCAUUAUUGGAAUUGAUUGGGAUUAUUGUUUUCAACCUGUAGUUGGGUUAUCAGGUGGAAUUUUGGUGCUUUCGAAAAGAUGUUUGGCUUCUUUUGAAACCAUUGAAGUUUCAUCCCAAUUAGUUAUAGGAAAUUUGAAUAUCAAUACUUUAGGAAGUUGGAAGGUGGCUACAGUUUACGGUGGUAAAGAUGUUCAAACCCGUAGGAACCUUUGGCAUUCACUUAAAGUUUGUAUGCAGGGAGAUACUCUGGCUUUAAUAGGAGGUGAUUUCAAUUGCAUCCUCUCGAAGGAGGAUAAGAAAGGCGGUAAGAGGUUCCAUUUCUCUCGUGGACCUAAGGAGAUGAAGAUGUUCCUUACGAAUAAUGAUUUCCAUGAUCUCGGUUAUGUGGGACCAAGAUCUCCUAUGGCCAAGGUGAGACAUCUUUCAAGAAUUGCAUCAGAUCAUGCUCCCAUCGUAUUUAAUAUGGUGGAACCACAAAACCAGAAAUCUAAAUUCAUUAGAUUUGAAGACAGUUGGAAGUCUUACCCUGCAGUUUGGCACAUUGCUGUUAAGGCAUGGAGGAAAUCUGAUUAUGGAUCCAGUAUUGAAAUUCUGCAGAGGAAAUUAAAGAGAACCUUGAAAGCUCUCUACAAUUGGAACAAGAACAAGUGUAAGGAAUUGAACUUGUUGAAAGAAAUUUUGAAAAAGGAUAUUCUUAAGCUGCAGCUAGAAGAAACUAGUAGUGAAGAAUUCACAACUAAUAAAUUGAAGCUUCUUAGAAGCAAAGUGCAUGAAUUAAAUGUUACUUUGGGUAGAUUAGCCACUUGGUGGAACCAAAGAGCAAAAAUCAGAUGGCAUCAAGAAGGUGAUAGGAACUCCAGUUAUUUUCAUCAGUUUGCUUCAGCUAAGAAGAAUGGAAACCUCAUAUGGCAAAUCAAGAAUGAAGAUGGUCAGUUUGUAGAAGAUUUUGGGCAAAUUGAGGAUGUCUUCUAUGAGUUUUUCAGCAAAAAAGGGCUUCAAGGGAAUGUCAGCUGUCGGGCUGGCCUUCAAUACCUACAAACCUAUAGCUUUCGGUUGAAGAGGCUGAGUUCUUAA